AUGAACAAGUGCUGCCCCCAUCGGUGGUAAAAGUCAAUCCGAGCGAAAGUAAAUAUGACGUCCGAGAAAGAAGGUUAUGGUGCUCCACCAGCAUAUGGAGACCAGGGACAGGGUCAGGGAGGGUAUCCACAACAGCAAGGAUAUCCGCAACAACAGCCGGGCCAGGGAUAUCCGCAAUAUCCUGCCCAACCACCCCCUGCUGGAGCUGGAGCACCUCAAUAUGGCCAAGGAUAUGCCCCCGUCCAAACUGGACAGCCUGGGGUAGCGUACUCUUACGGCGCCCCACCUGGGACUGUGAUUGUCCAAGCUGGUGCCUCUGCCUCUGGCCCAGCCCCUGACAACCACAUGUGUUUGGCUAUCUUCACAACCCUCUGUUGUUUCUGGCCGCUCGGCAUCAUUGCCAUCAUUAAGGCAUCUGAGGUGAAUUCUAAAUGGACUGUUGGAGAUGCCCAGGGAGCGCAGAGAUCUUCUGCCUCAUCACGUCAGUUCUCUAUGAUCGCAAUCGGAAUCGGCAUUGCUGCCUAUGUGAUUUGUGCGAUUAUAGUCGGCAUCUAUAUUGGCGUUCUGUCCCAGAUGUAUGAUGGUUUUUAGUCAGCCCAGUGAUAACACAUGGUUUGUUUGCCCUAAACCUGGAUGGAGCCAGAGCUUACAAAUCUGUAAUCAACUCUGCAUUCAUUUGGGCAUUUUAUGGUAAAAGUGGCAUGUGAGAAGGGAAUAUUAAAGCCGAAGCCAUAUUGUUCAAAAUUGAAAAAAUGGAUAAUUGACUUUUAAGAUUUUUCUGAUUCAAAUACAAAUUUCAGAUUCUUAGCAAACAAGCAUGGGCCUUACCGUGUUGGUCCGAACAUCAAAUCGACAAAUGGAGUCUAAACAAAAAAUUUGUGGUAAAUAGCUAUAAUGAUUCCCCUUUUUGGUAACAGGGCACAGCACCAUUAUGCCUUGACUAAGAAUUGAUUUUUCACACAGAAGAGCUACAGCAUGCAAACAUUAUAUUACGACAGCCUGGAGCUAGUUGACAGACUAGGAUGAUACCGUACAAGUAGAAUCUACUUAUUCAGCAAUGAUAUUAUGUUAAUUUAGAGCACGUUUUAUUAAACAAGUCAAUGUCUUCUGAGGUCUGUAAAAUUCCCUGUUCUACAUUUCAAAAUUCGAUUUGAAUUUGUUUUUCUUAGAUUUCUUCUGCUAAUGAUACUGGAGGUUUUUCCUCAGAUUUUAACUUUAUGCAUUGUACAAAUCAACCCCCGAUCUUAUUUUUUUGAUAGGACAUUGUCUUUAUCCAACUAUUACAUGUUAGUAUUGUAUCAUGCAUAAUUAACACUUGAAAAAAGUACAGCUGACGUCACGAUUUGUGUGUAAUGCCACCUGAACCUUUUUAAAUUCUUCGCUUACAUGUUUUAUCUCUUUGCAAUUACAUGCCCCAAUGCGUAGUCAAAAGCUGCGUGAAAUUUCAAAAUGAUACCUCCAAUUACUUGCUAGAUUGAAAGCAUUUUAUUUGAGCUUGAGCUGGGUUUAUAAACUGACUACACUUAGUAGAACUAGUCGAUAGCCUUGUGUACAAAUCCACUUUUUAACAGUUAAAAUAGAGUAGGUCAUGUCCUAAAUUGAAAAUCUCUAUGUCACAUAGGCAUUUUAUCAUGAGGUGCCAUUUACUUCUCAUUUAGAGGCCAGUGUGUUAACAUUUCUGUUCUAAUGAUGAGAAAGAGGAUGUUUGCCAAUAAACAUGAGUCAUGGUGUACUCGACCUAGGAGAUAAAAAUGUGAUAUUGUGUAUCAGCACAGGUAUACAGCCUGAAGGUAAAUGUCAAAUGGUUGGCACAGAGUUCAUGUCAGUAUACAUUUUUCUGAGCAAUGGUAAUUAUAAUGCAGUGACAAGGCAUUGUCAUUGCGCACGAAAAUAAUUAUGUCCUUAGUUCGGUGCUAAAUCAUGAUUGAUUUGAAUUGUUUCAAUAUUUUAAUUUUGUUAAACUUUGUCAGUUGUUCACGAAGUUUUCUUUGAUGCAUUUAUCUUCAAGUUACCUUACUUUUUCUGUUACAUGUUUCUAUAGACUGUCAGACACGACAAAAGCAGAACCCAACAGAUGGGACUGCUGUUACCCGGAAAGAUAUUUGCCGCUGGUUUUGAUAUGUAGUUGCCUACCUGUCACCUGGCAUCUGUCGAUUACAAUAUAUUGAUAUGUCCUCAUUUGCUGAUUAUUAUUUCCUUCAAGUACAGACAAUAUAACAAUGCCAUUUCAUUGAUUUACAUAGUUAUACUGCACAUGUUAGGCUAAUCUGUCUGCAGUGGUUUAUAAGAUUUCUCUAUUUCUGACUGAAAUAUAAAACUAAAUGUAUACAAUAAAGUAAUGAUGUAAUGCAUAUCUGUCAAAUGGGAAUAAGUCUAUGUGCUGUCGUGAUGGCUUAUAUUUGUGCUUUUAUUGAUUUAUUUUAGUUCUUGCAGGGAAAUUUUCUUCCAAAAAAUUAUAAUUGAAUAUGUCCAGAAACAAUUGUCCUUAGACCAAAGAACCAAAUUGGGAUGACCUGUAGGCUUCUAAACAACUUUUUAGCCUCAAAAUGUAAUUGUGUCUAUAGAUGCAGUGUCUUCAACAGUCACCUGCCUCUAGGUUAGCAGUGAUGUUUGCCUCAAAAAUAACUAGUCCACUAAAAAGAUUUUUCUGAAAUCUGACCAAUUCCUCAGAGGGUCAGAAGUUGUCCCAACUUGUUGCUCCGCUAGUAUCAGGUUUUUAACUACAUAUUUGUCAAUUAAAGCAUCAGGUGUUAUUUGUAGGAACCAAUGUACAUUUUAUCUUUUAUUUCAAGAAUGUUUGGAAUGUCACUAGAAAUUAAUUAUUUCAGAUGGUCAUGUAUAAAAGAUUUGGUACCGAUGUUGAAUGGGAUUGCAUGCAAUAAGUUUAUUUUUGAAGAUUCAAACUACAAGAUGAAAACGUUAUGCCAAAUUGUUUUCCUUUGAAAGAAAUACAACUGAUAGUUCCAUUGUAAAUGGCUUCUACUUUGGUUUGGUUAGCAGUGUACUUCUCACCACUGUUUUGGUUUGGGGCCAGGUUAUGUCUCUGCACUUCUGAAUGGGGUAUGUGGAAUAAUUGGUGUGAUGAAAUGGAAUCAUGGUUGGAAAUUAGACUGGCCCUAGCCCCAAUGGUAUUCUUGUUUCCCCAAAUGGACCCGUCGAUAGGUACUGGUUGAAAUUUCUUCGUCUUGAAAAUAUGGCCACCAAUGUAUUCUGUAGUACAUAAUAAUAAAUUUUAUAUUAGUGGA